AUGGGCUGCUCCAGCAGCGCCCUCACCAAGGCUGGCGACAGCAGCAGGGUCCGCAGUGGUGAGACAGGAGAAAAGAUGGAAACAGAGAUGGAGAACGAGAAAGCAAGCGGAGGGGCUGAAACAAAAGAGGAGGAAACAGAAGCUGUGGAUCUGUCAGCAGCCCCAUAGAUCGGGGUGGUGAAGGAGAGGUGUGCUGUCCUCUGUUACAGCCUGUGGUUAUGGAUCUCACCUUUCUAUAGCUCCAUGUUUUAUAGCAGGACUGUGCUUAGAUGUACACUGCUGGAACCAUGAGAAGGAUGUAGACUUCUUGGCUGUAUUAUUCCAUAAAGCUAAGCUGGAGACAGGUUUCUUAGUUACUUAGGAUAAUUAUACACUUACUAGUCAGAGCCAGUAAAAACUGGGAUAUAUUUUCAUUUAGGAGUGUAAGGGUGACUCAUUUAUUGUGGGAAUGGAAUAGA